AUGGAUGAACAAACGUCACUCCUGAAGACCCAGCUUUAUGCUGCCUGCGAAGAUGCCCUCACCCGUGAUCCCGACCGCGUCUUCACCCAGAACGAACUCAUGGGCUUGGAUGUUGUCCAAGAUGCCAAGAUGCUCCUGCAGCUCAUUAUCCCUCUGCAGAAGGAGAAGCUCUUUGCGCCUGUCCAAUUCGAAGGUGGCACGGCCUGGAGACUGCGAAGUGAGGCUGAAGCAGCCAAGUACAAGCUUCUCACGAGCCAUGACCAGGUGCUGGUCUACGAUAUCAUCGACACAGCCGGAAGCGAGGGCGCCUGGCAGCAGGAUAUCAAGCGACGGGUCAAUCUACAAGACAAUGCCUUGAGGAAAGCACUGAAGGAGCUGGAGACGAAGCGUCUCAUCGCACAGUUCACCACCGUCGAGAAUAUCUCCAAGAAGAUGUGGAUCAAGGCCAACAUCAAACCCUCUGCUCGCACCACCGGCGGCCCAUGGUAUACGGACCAGUACCUUGACGAGGCCUUUAUCAUGGUCCUGCAGGGCGUGGUCAUGAGCUUGAUCAAGGACAGAGGCAGCUACCUGAGCCACGGCGACAGACAGUCAGGAAGUAUGAGCCCCGUACUACCCAAGAAGGGCGUCAUCAACGGUGCCACGUCCGAGGCAGCUUUGAAGAGCAAAAAGCGAUCCGCAGAUGCCAUGUCGAAAGAGGACGUCGUAUCAGUACCACCGCCAAAGAAGGUCUGGAAGACGGUGCGCCUGCCUCUCCCGGCUGGAUAUGUGGACUAUCCGACCACCGAGGCCAUCACGGCCGGCAUCAAGGAAUCGGGGGUAGCCAAGGGGCAGCCGCUGAAACAGGAGCACGUCCAGGAGCUUAUAGACGUGCUGGUGUGGGACAAUUGCGUCGAGGAGGUUAAGAUGGGCGAUCGAAUUGGAUAUCGAGCUGUGCGGAUCACAAAGCAGAACCCUUCACUGAGCGUCAGGCCGGACAGCGAGGACUUCUGGGAACCUCGAGGCAACGGGCUGACGACGGUGCCCUGCGGGCGAUGUCCGGUUUUCGAGCUUUGCGAAGAGGGCGGCCCGGUGUGGGCUGGUGGCUGCGAAUACUUCGACCAAUGGUUAGCAUAG